CCUCAGGGCUGUGGGGUAGCGCGCCGGCUCAGAGAAACCCCAGGUCACACCCGGGUCUUGCGGGCCGGGCUAUGGGGACCCCAGGUCUCUGCUCACCUGCAGCCCUGUUUCUUGGCCACGACACCCCCUGGAGGCGCCCCCGUGCCCUGGACGGUGUGUUGCCGCCCGGGGGACCAACCCCAGCAUCAGGAGGGUCUGAACGAGCCGGACACGCUAGGGGGCGUGGUCAGCCCGGGGGGAGGGGCGGGUGCCGGCAGGUAGGAUAGGUCCCGCCCCCGCCCCUUGAGAGGCUGCCUGAGGUCUUCCGAGCGGCAGAACCGGUCCUGUCAGCCCGAACAAAGAUUCCUUCCUGGGCCCGGCGCUGGCUUCUGGUCAGGACUUGGGCGUCUGCAAGGGCGCGGGGACGCCCGGAGCGCCCGCUACAGAAGGCCUCCCAGGGGACAACGUCUUCACUCCCCCGAAGGAGCCUCUGCUGGGCCGCGGCUGAGGUGACGUCACCUGGCCUGGACCCGGCACGUGACCUAGGUUGUGUGACGUCACUCCUGUCCUCCGUUCUCGCGUCCAGCCUCAGACCAGACCGGAGCUUUCUAUCCUCUAAAACCAAUAGUGUUUGUUCAGCGUCGUCGCCUCGGGGGCAGACUGGCGGUCUUCUCCUCCAGGUAGCCUCCGCUAAGGCAGACUUUGGCCGAAGCCCCAGCGACCCCGCACGUCCUCUCCGGCCCCGCGCCGCCGCUGAUUCCCCGCACAGACUCCGGCGGACGACGCGCAGCCACCUGCGGGCCAGCCUCCCCGGGCUUCCCGGUCUCCUAGCAACGCCAAAGAUGGCCGGCGCGCGAGGACUCUUGGGGAGUGUAGUUCUUCCCCUCUUUCUCAGCUCGGUCCGGGGCCCAACUAUGAGGACCUAGGCGCCCUAGACUACACUUCCUAGGUUGCUCCGCGCGCGCCUCCCACGACCUCGCGAGAACCCAGUGCCGGAACCCAUCUGGAGAGAGGGAGCUCUCGAGGUGAUCGCCGGGAGUUGUAGUUUGAGGUGGGGAGUCGCGCUGCCUGGUACCGGAGUUGAGACGGCAGAGAGACUACAAAUCCCAGGGGGCGCGGCGCGGCCGCCUGGAGGGCGGGGGGUACGAAAGAGGAACGCGAAGGGCGCCGGGGCUUGGGACCAGGGAUCUGCAGUUUCAUAGCAGCCCCGCCCUGCCGGCUAAGCACUGGGUACCCACUCUGGAUGUCUGCAGCUCCCAUCCCAGAGGGCCAGACCCUAUGUUCUGGAAUAUGGCGCUCCAGCGUGCCAUCCUCCUGGCGGGCCUCCUGGUGGAAGUUGCCAGCAAAUCCUCAGAAAGUGUGGGUCAGCAGCCUGAAUGCUGUGUGGACAUGCUGGCCACUAACACCACCUGCCAGGGCACAGGCCUGUGUGGUCCAGGCUGCUACGGACACCAGAAUGAGGACGGCAGUGUCAGCUGCGUCCGCUGCACAAACAGCACCUACGGCUCUGCCUGCAGUGGCCGCCCUGCUGCACCCCCCGCCAGGCCCACAUGGCCUGCUUCCCACCGAGGGGCUGCAUCUCCAAGUUCUGGAGGAACGGUCGCUGGCUGGGGCGCACAGUUCCCGAUGAACAGUAGUGCGGGGAUGCCCGGACAGCCAAAUCUUGGGAGCCCUCAGGUGGCAGCCUCUCUCUUCCUGGGGACCCUCUUCAUCAGCUCUGGCCUCAUCCUGUCGGUGGCUGGGUUCUUCUACCUGAAGCGUACCAGUAAACUCCCCAAGGUCUUCUACGGGAGAGACAAAGCCCCUGCUCUGCAGCCUGGCGAAGCCGCCGCCAUGAUCCCCCCGCCACAGCCCUCAGUGCGGAAGCCGCGCUAUGUGAGGCGCGAGCGGCCCUUGGACAGGGAUGUGGGCCCCGCAGCCAUCUCCUCGGUGGAGGCCCGGGUUAGCAACGUCUGACCCAGGGCCCCCCCACCGCUCCGCACACCGCCUUGGAGAGGACCCAGCGCACAAGGGGCAGGUGCUGCCCAGCAAGGCCUCAGGAUGGGUGUGGGCGCGGCCCCUGGCUCAGCAUGGCGGUGUCCCAGCAAGGGACGCUGGGCGGAAGCUGCCCGAAGGAGCUCCUGCCCCCUAACAGCUGCAAGGCCUGAGGGGCUAGGAGCCAUGGCCAGAGCGUGGCCAGAUGGGGCCUGGGCCCCUGAGGAGAGACUGCUGGGCGGCACCAUGUCUGGCCAAGCAGGGGGCUCGGCUACUCCCCUCGCGGAGCCCAUGGUGGGCAGACACCCCCAGCACCACAGGGCCUCCCGCAUCCCCUCUGGAACAUGCCCGGACAAGGGGAGGUGAGGGACGAGAACUGGCCACUCCAAGGUGGAGGCGCCCAUGGGGCUGUCCCGUAGCCACGACCCCCUGAACCUCCCCCCCCCCAAGCCCAAGACUACACAUUUCCCGGAGCAGCAGAGGCAUUUCCUGUUUCUUCCCAACUUCUGUCAGUUUUAAGCAGAACACUGCUCUCCCCGUCGUCUCUGCCUCGACCUGCUCCCACACUGGGCCCUGUCCCCCAGGAACGGACACGGACCCGAAGCGAUGGGAGACCAAGGCCAGGCCCCCAGAGGGACGUGUCCACCUAGGGCCACGUGUACCUGGACCACUGCCUGGGGAGCCUGGGUCGAUGACCCCGGGGAGGGCUGUGCUGACCAGUGGUCCUGGACCCCCUGCCCUGGGUCUGAGACACGUUUCUGGCACUGGCUGGUUCCCGAGGAGAAAGCAGCAGUCAUGGCAGCUCUCACGCACUGGGCUGGGCCCUGACCUCCCCAGAUUCCAUUGGGGCUGCUACCUCCUCCAGCACCGUGAUGCCCGCCCUAGCAUGGACAGGUUGCGGAUACUUGAACCCACGACGGGCCCAGCAGCUGACAGGGGCACACCAGCUUUAAUCAGUGUCAAUAAACUCUUCAGGGCUUCCCUCCACCGUU